AAAAGUAUAUUUAGGCGUAACAGAGUGUGUGUAAUGUCAAUGCUUUGCCUGCGGUAGGCGCUGCAGCUGCAGCAUGUUGCUUCUGCUGUAACAAGUCGCCAAUCAGUUGACACUGCGGUGACACCUGUUGGCCACACGGUUGUGCUCACACUCUACUCAGCCCCAGCCGCGUCGUUGGUCCAUCGCGCAUGCGUGUUUCGUUGACGGAAUGGAGACCAUUUCCUCCAGCGGCAGCAACACUGAAGGCCUCUGAGAGCUCCACACACACUAACGGACAUACACACACAUAUACACACACACAUAUGCAGACAGUGUACGGACAACCGUCACAGCCAAGCCACGUUUGGGAUUGUCUUAUCUGGCCGCUGCUGGAGCUGGAUGCCCCGUGACCGCAGCCGUCACCCUGAUGGGCCAUCGCCGCUGAUAUUCAGGCACAUCUGCUCGACACAACGGCGCUAUCUUUCGGCUCUAAUGGUACAAGCUGAACAGUGACCGCUACCUGCCCAAGGACACCUGCUGCCCACAUCCCCUCAACAUGUCUGGGAUCCAUGCACCGUGGUCAUCUGGCACAGAGUGUGUAGCCAAAUACAACUUCCAGACGGCCAAUGACCAGGACCUGCCCUUCUGUAAAGGAGACGUACUGACCAUCAUCGGAGUCACCAGGGAUCCGAACUGGUACAAGGCGAAGAACGCGGUGGGCAAAGAGGGCACCAUCCCGGCUAACUAUGUCCAGAAAAGAGAAGGAGUCAAGUCGGGAGGGAAACUCAGUCUUAUGCCGUGGUUUCACGGGAAAAUAACCCGAGAGCAGGCGGAGCGGCUCCUGAACCCCCCGGAGACGGGCCUGUUCCUGGUGAGGGAGAGCACCAACUAUCCUGGAGAUUACACCUUGUGCGUCAGCUGCGACGGCAAGGUGGAGCACUACCGUAUCAUCUACCACAACGGAAAACUGACCAUUGACGAGGAGGAGUACUUUGAGAAUCUCAUGCAGCUGGUGGAGCAUUACACCAAAGACGCUGACGGCCUCUGCACCCGGCUGAUCAAACCCAAACUGAUGGAGGGAACGGUGGCGGCGCAGGACGAGUUCUCCAGGAGCGGCUGGGCCUUGAACAGGAAGGAGCUGAAAUUGAUCCAGAUCAUUGGCAAAGGGGAGUUUGGAGACCUGACCCUGUGUUAAACUCCUGUUUUCUGACCUGUGGGAGACUACAGAGGGACCAAGGUGGCGGUCAAGUGUAUCAAAAACGACGCCACGGCGCAGGCUUUCAUCGCAGAAGCCUCAGUUAUGACACAACUGAGGCACAACAACCUGGUGCAGCUGCUGGGGGUGAUUGUUGAGGAGCGGGGGAGUCUUUACAUCGUCACAGAGUAUAUGGCCAAGGGCAGCCUGGUGGACUAUCUGCGUUCUCGAGGACGGACGGUGCUGGGCGGAGACUGCCUCCUCAAGUUCUCCCUUGACGUGUGUGAAGCCAUGGAGUAUCUGGAAGCCAACAACUUCGUCCACAGGGACCUGGCAGCUCGAAACGUGCUGGUGUCCGACGACAACAUCGCUAAAGUCAGCGACUUUGGUCUGACCAAAGAGGCGUCCUCCAUACAGGACACCGCCAAGCUGCCCGUCAAAUGGACCUCGCCUGAGGCACUGAGAGAGAAGAGGUUUUCUACCAAAUCAGACGUUUGGAGUUAUGGGAUCUUACUUUGGGAGAUCUACUCCUUUGGGCGUGUGCCUUACCCUAGAAUUCCGCUGAAGGAAGUGGUGCCACGGGUGGAGAAAGGCUACAAGAUGGACGCCCCGGACGGCUGCCCGCCUGUGGUCUACGACCUGAUGAAGCAGUGCUGGACCCUGGACUCCGUGCUGCGGCCCUCCUUCCGCAUGCUGAGGGAGAAGCUGCAGCACAUCCGAGCCAAGGAGCUCUACUUGUGAGGAGGUGGAGCGGAAGAGGGGAGGUUUUUAGUUCCUUGACGAGAGGAGGGUGGAGCGACACGCAGGUGAGCGCAGCUGCAAAGGUGGAAGGUGGAGGAGAAGAGGGACCACGGUGUCUUCCUACCACCCCCCACCGACCCCCCCCAGCCUACUGACCUGUGGGACUGCUGCACUGUGCUCUUCUUCUCUAAC